CCCCCCUCACCCCCCGCCCCCCGGGGCCCAGAGGGGGAAGAGGCUGCGGUCUGGGAUAGAGCAAGGGGGUGACCAGGACCAAGAGCCCCCCGCGACUCCCCUCCCUCGCCCGCCCCCUCGCCAGCGCUGCCCGGGAGCGCGGAGUUCGCUCCGAGCGACCUGGAGCGCUGCGCUGCGAUACAAAGGCUCCGGCUGGGCCGGGGCGGAACCGAACGGACCGGGGCAGCUCGGGAGCGGCGGGAGUGCCGCUUGGUUUUCUCUGAGACGAGCCCACCCGUCCAGCAAAAUAGAGUCCCUCAGGGUGACAGUUGACUUCCUGAAGGUGCCUCUUGGCCUGAAGAAGCCAGAGCUGAAGGAAGUGGCCUUGGGGCCCCCAAGGAGGCCCCAGCCCACGGCCCUGGAGCGCUACAAGGCGCGGCGCUCUGAGGCCAUGGACACCGAGUCCCAGUACUCCGGUUACUCCUACAAGUCUGGUCACUCCCGAAGCUCCCGGAAACAUAGGGACCGGCGGGACAGACACCGCUCCAAGAGCAGGGAUGGAAGCCGAGGAGACAAAUCAGUGACGAUACAGGCACCCGGGGAACCCCUGCUGGACAAUGAGUCAACCAGAGGGGAUGAACGGGAUGAUAACUGGGGUGAGACAACGACGGUGGUGACAGGCACGUCGGAACACAGCAUCUCCCACGAUGACCUCACACGCAUUGCCAAGGACAUGGAGGACAGUGUCCCUCUGGACUGCUCACGCCACCUGGGUGUAGUGGCUGGGGCUACCCUGGCGCUGCUCUCCUUCCUCACCCCGCUGGCCUUCCUCCUGCUGCCCCCACUGCUGUGGCGGGAAGAGCUGGAGCCGUGUGGGGCGGCCUGCGAGGGACUCUUCAUCUCAGUGGCCUUCAAGCUGCUCAUCCUGCUGCUGGGCAGCUGGGCCCUGUUCUUCCGCCGGCCCAAGGCCUCGCUGCCCCGCGUCUUCGUGCUGCGCGCCUUGCUCAUGGUGCUCGUCUUCCUGCUCGUGGUCUCCUACUGGCUCUUCUAUGGGGUUAGGAUUUUGGAGGCGAGGGAGCGCAGCUAUCAGGGUGUGGUGCAGUUUGCUGUUUCCCUGGUAGAUGCCCUGCUUUUUGUGCACUACCUCGCCGUGGUCCUGCUGGAGUUGCGCCAGCUACAGCCCCAGUUCACCCUCAAAGUCGUGCGCUCCACUGAUGGGGCCAGUCGCUUCUACAAUGUUGGCCACCUCAGCAUCCAGCGUGUGGCAGUGUGGAUCCUGGAGAAGUAUUACCAUGAUUUCCCCGUCUACAACCCUGCCCUCCUCAACCUGCCCAAGUCCGUCCUGGCCAAGAAAGUGUCCGGCUUCAAGGUGUACUCCCUCGGAGAGGAGAACAGCACCAACAACUCCACUGGGCAGUCUCGGGCAGUGAUUGCGGCAGCAGCUCGGAGGCGGGACAACAGCCACAAUGAGUAUUAUUAUGAGGAGGCAGAGCAUGAACGGAGGGUGCGAAAGCGCAGAGCCAGACUGGUGGUAGCAGUGGAAGAGGCCUUCACACACAUCAAGAGGCUACAGGAAGAGGAGCAAAAGAACCCCAGGGAGGUGAUGGAUCCAAGAGAGGCAGCCCAAGCCAUUUUUGCCUCCAUGGCACGAGCCAUGCAGAAGUACCUCCGCACUACCAAGCAGCAGCCCUACCACACCAUGGAGAGCAUCCUGCAGCACCUAGAGUUCUGUAUCACCCAUGACAUGACACCCAAGGCCUUUCUGGAGCGGUACCUGGCAGCUGGCCCCACCAUCCAGUACCACAAGGAGCGCUGGCUGGCUAAACAGUGGACACUGGUGAGUGAAGAGCCAGUGACCAAUGGCCUCAAAGAUGGCAUCGUCUUCCUUCUCAAACGGCAGGACUUCAGCCUGGUGGUCAGCACCAAGAAAGUCCCUUUCUUCAAGCUGUCUGAGGAGUUUGUGGACCCUAAAUCGCACAAGUUUGUCAUGAGGUUGCAGUCGGAGACCUCUGUGUAACUGUGCCACAAAAUGGGGCAAGGUGGGGGUAUGGGGGGCUAUGGGAGGCUCCUGGGGGCAGAGGGAGGGGGCUUGAAGCCCAGGCCUCAGCCAGUCCUGCUUCAUUCCUUUCUGCCUCCAACUCUGUUUUUUACUUGAAUUACUAACUAACUCUCCACCCCCACUCUAUCCCCUCCCUCUCUUUCUUUCCCUGCCCCAUGUGAAUGGGGAAGGACCAUCCUGAGGGUGAGGGCAGCAGGUAGGGAGAUGCCUUUCCUCGUUUUCCCAUUCCUUCCCACCUCAAGCCCGGUGGGAAUAGGUUCCUCUCCUCUCCUUUGCUCCUCUUCUCCUCUCCUCUCCAUUUCUCCGUGACAGUCUCUGCUGAAAGGGGAUGUGGUCCUUCUGUCCCCUUCUCUUUCUUCUCUACCCCUCUCCCCCUUUCUCCAUCUAGGUUACUGUAGCGGUUCUCUCCAGCAACCUCCUGGAAGUGCUUCUCCCGAGAGGUGAAGUCAAGAUCACAGUAAACCAUGGGGCCAAAUGAUCCCAGGUCAGGGCUAGUCCUCUCUAGCAUCCCACGUGAGCUGAGGCUGUUCUUCCUGUCCAUCUCACUAGGCCUAUCUCAGGAACUCAGAGUUUUGGGGGCAACAGGACUCCUGUGCACAAGUCACCAGGGUCAGGAGUCUCCCACAGAGAUUUUUUUCCCUUGCUGCUGCUAGAGCCUCCUUCCUGUCUACUAGUUAUGCUCUUCCUUUUAUAUUCCUUUCUUCUCUUCUUGAACUCCCAGUUCUAAACAAACACAUGCAUGCUUGCACACACACACACACACACACACACACACACACACACACACACACACACGCAAGCAUGUACCCAUGCACACACACACUUUCCCAGAGGGGAAUCUCAUGUCCCUCAAGCCUUGUCAGGGAGAAUCCUACUUUUUCUUUCCCCUUUCCUGAUCUCUUCACUCAGAUGGGAUUGCAAGAACACUGGGGAAUGUGGUCCUUCUGGCCGCUUCCCCUGGGGCAUGGGAAACACUCCUCUCCCCUCUAGCCCUCUCAUUUGCCUUUACUUCCCUAACUCCCUAUCCUAACUCUUUGCUAUGGGAUGGAUUUUCUUCCCAAACGCGCCUUUACUGGUAGGCCUGGAGGGGAAAGGAAGGCCCAUGGGAGCGGUGAAUUUGGAGCCAGAGGAUCUGGGUUUAAAUCCUAGCCCUGUCACUUUCUAUCUCUGUGGCCUUGGUGAAGUGACUUUUACCUCUUGGGGCCUGUUUGCUCAUCUGUAAAAGGACAGAGUUGGACCAGAAGGUGUCUUAUAACUAUAUCUGUGAUUCUGUUUGUGUGGAGUUUUGGAAAAGACCCCCGUGAAGGUCACUGAACCCAGUCUCUUUUUUUUUUUUAACCCUGGGGUAGGUCUUUCUAUUGUCAAACAGGUGAUGUGAUUGAAAGGAGUGAGCUGCUGAGCUUCUUCUUUCUCCUCUGUGACAACCCCCUCAAGCUUUUAUUCCCUGGGCAGAAAUGCUACUUCUCUAUGUGGGGGUGGGCCCCCAUGGCUCCUUCCUUUCCUCCCUUAAGUGAAGCUCUUAGCCUGAGAGACCUCAUCACUUUGAUGCUCUGGGGGCCCCGUUUUGCUUUCUGAUCUCUGCAUUGGGGUCAGGAGCCUGAGCCCCUGCUAUCUGAGGUCACGUAGUUCCUUGCCCCACCUCAGCUUCCAGAUGUUUCUGGAAGGCCUCAUCACUUAGAGCAGAUGUGGGCAAAAUUUUCCUUCUAUUUUCUAUAUUUUUGAUGUAAACUUGAGUCUGGGUACUUCCAAAUACCCGUCUUUUAGCCAAGGGGAAUGGGGAUUGGAAGCAUUAACACCUCCUGCCACUCCCAACCCUUUUCCUUCCAUUUAUACCCAAUAUGGUUAUCAGUGUAGCUCCAGUAGAUGGGAUGGGGUACAUGCCCUGGUUGGUGUGCCAAGGAUCCCACCAUGUCUCCCCCCUCCUCAUUUUCGUCCCUCUUCUUCCCUGCAUCAUUCAUUGCUUUCCCUUUGUGUGCAACGGCCUGGGGAACUUAGGGAUAGGGCACAGGAGGCCUUCUACCUUUAAAAUAGACACCCUGAAGGUGAAAAGCUUCACCUUCCAAAGCCUGUGGCUGACUUGGUGAGAGGGGGCAGAGCCUUUGCUACACUUAGCCCACAGUCCUUGUGACUCGUGCCAACCUUGGACUUAGGCCUCAAACCCUUCUCUUCUCCUUUGGAAAUCCUCAGGGAACAAUGGGGGUUCCCUUUCUCUAGGCACCAGUUAGACCUCGUGGUUACAAGUCUGACUUUUCCAGGAUUGCAAGUCCCCAGGUUAAACCCAGGUCAUUUUGAGGCACUGCUAGAGGGUUGGGGUGCAGGCACUUUUCUGGGCUUGUGUCUGUUUCUGUCUACAAAAUUUAAUGUGGGAGGGAUCUCUCUUGGUCGUGUGUCUAAAUAACUCUUUCCUAGAAAGGGGUCUUGGAUGGAUAGUGGGUUCACUGCCUUUUGUGGAAAGGGUAUUGGGAGCAGGAUGGGAAUUUGAGGUUGUAAGGGGGAAGCUAUUUGGGAUCCUUAUUGCUUUCCUUAAUUGGGGGCAGUGGAUAUUUCCUUUAAAGGACCUGCCAUUUUUUAAUCACUGUGAUUUUUUCAUUCCUUUUUCUUUAAAAAAAAAACCCCCACACAAAAAAACUAACAAAAAAAGCCACCCUAAUUUUUUUUAUUCUGUCUCUUAAGCACUAAGGGCUGUGAUUGAGAAUGGCAAUGUUUUGGACCCUCUGUGUCACAACUGUGGUAUCUUUGUUUUCUUUUUCUUUCAAAAAAUCAGGAUGACUUGUGAAGUGUGUGUCUGUAUGUUUUGUGUCCUUUGUGGGAAGUAGUCUUGAGGCUGUGACUAGUAGUGGGAUGUGAAAAUAACACUCUUCCUGGGAGUGCUCUCUCCCCGUCUGUCUGUCUGUCUGUCCGUCCGUCCGUCUGUCUCCUCUGUAAUUGCCUUCCUCUUCCUUCUUAUGGGGGUUUCGGUUGCCCUGUAAUCUUCUGGGGAGGUACAGGGUAUGUCUUGUCAUCUCCAUCUGACCUUAUCUCUACCCAAUAACUAGUAUUCAUUUUCAUUUUCUUGACAUGUCUAACCCAGCCUUCCCCUGCCCCGCCCCGUCCCCCCAGGGUCACUGUGCCUCAAUCCUUCACCUACCUCACCAUUCUGCCUCUGUUCUCAUUGACCUCUCUCCCUUAAGCUCCCCUCUACGGUGUCUGCCUUCAUUUCCCCCUAUUUCUUUCUUACAGUGUCAUCUUCCUCCUUGUCACCCUUCAUCCUGUCCUUAAAUUCUUUGCUGACAUCCCCUUUGGAACUCCUGGGCUUUCCCUUUUUUGUUAGAAGAGAUGAGGUGAAACAAAUGGACCCUUAGCGACUCUCAGCUGGGCCAUCUGUUUUUGCGGGCUUGUGCUUUCCUCUCUGUUGGGCCCACAUAGGCUCCCCUGUCUCUGUUUGGUGUCUCGUCUGUCAGUUUGUCUUCCUUCUCUUUCCUGUGCCCCACCCCCCCCUGCUGAUGGAUUCAGUCCUGGUGUGGGACUGUCCCAUUUUGCAUUCUCCUAUGCGCAGAAGGAAGGGGGAGGCAGGGGGACUAACUAGGUCCCUUCCAAGUGAGAUUGUAAAUGUAGAAUUUUCCAUUCAAUUCUAGAAUUUUUUUUUACAGAGCUGAGACCUUGUGCAUGCAUGUAGAAAAUUGUAAAAUGUAAAAUUGUUUUUUUUAAUAUAUAAAAAGCUUGUUUUUACAGUUUGCAGUGGAUCUAAACAUUAUGGCAAAUUUAGGGAUUUUUUUUUCUUAAAACAUAGGAACUAAAACUGUACAAAUUGUUUUUAUAUAAAAUAAACACAUUUGACUUU